GACAUUUCGCUUUGACACAUGUAAUCUCAGCUGGAGAUGUAACCAAAUGCAACCUAUAAAUCUUUUACCUUAAUUCAAAACAAAACAUUAUUGUAAAGGACUUUUUGUUUGAUGAUUUGCAAAAUGUCACAACAAAUGAUAAACGAACAAAGCAAAUAUAUUUUAGAUUUAUUUUCUGAACAGACGAUUGACUCACAAGCACUAGACAUCCUCUCCACGCAGGUCCAGAAGAGGUUUCCUAAAACCGAACAUUUCAACUUGUGUCUUCUCCUGUCAUCACUGAUCACGGGAGGGGACUUGUCCCUCCCCGGUCAGCGCGUGGUGGCCCUGGCAAUCAUCUUUGACACAUACAAGCAAGAGAAUCCGUUCAGUUCAUUAUUCCUGCACCUUUUAGAAGGCAAGCCAGGUUUAUUGCCAUUGGCGCCUCAAGAGAGACUGUUUAUUGGACAACUCUUUGGAUAUCUGCCUGUAAAUAUAAAAGAUGUAUUUAAGAAAACAGCAAAGCAAGUUAUGUUAACGGAAGUUGUAUCAAAAGAUUUGGAAUUUGACUAUUCAUCAUUGCAGUCGAUACUAGGUGAGAGAGUGACGGAGACCAGCUCAUUGGCUAAGGCAACUGUCUCAGCACUCAUACCACUUGGUGAUGGGAGUCCACCUAACCGCAUAGCAAUGAAGGAGCUGCUAGAAGCCCUGAUGGGAAAUAACUACAUGCCGCUGCACCGCACACUGCGCGCCGCGGGGCCCAUACCACCGCCCACGUUCCUAUUAGACCCUACUGAGAUAUCCUUCGCUGAUGAGGGUGUUUGGAAAAACCUAGUAAACCAUGGUGCAUACCUACCGCUGUAUGACACUGACUAUGAAGGACUGCUUGGAUUGAAGCCACCAGAGAAAGUUCCAGAAAGACGAGUUGUGCAACCGCAUAAAACAAAGGAGGAGAAGAAAGAAAGAAAAGAAGAGCGUGAGGAAAAGAAGGUAGAAGAGAAGGAGGCGGUUGCGGGGGUUGCCGGGGGUGCGGCUAGUGCGGCGGCGGAGGCUCGCGAGCUGACGCAGUUGGCGCUGAAGGGCGCGCUGAGCGUGGCGCACCAGCAGCGGCUGCUGGCGCUCCUGGACCAGGACCCUAACGUCGUCUACGAGAUUGGAGUCACGCCCUAUCAACUGCCGGAGCUGGUGGAGAACAACCCGAUGGUGGCGAUCUCCGUGCUGCUGAAGCUGAUCCACUCGCAGCACAUCACGGAGUACUUCAGCGUGCUCGUCAACAUGGAAAUGUCGCUGCACUCCAUGGAGGUCGUCAACAGGCUAACCACUUCAGUGGACUUGCCAGUGGAGUUCGUGCACCUGUACAUCAGCAACUGCAUCUCCACCUGCGAAACGAUCCGUGACCGCUACAUGCAGAACAGGCUCGUCAGGCUCGUCUGCGUCUUCCUGCAGUCCCUCAUCAGGAACAAGAUUAUCAACGUCAAGGAACUGUUUAUAGAAGUGGAAGCAUUCUGCGUAGAAUUCAGUAGAAUCAGGGAAGCAGCAGCACUAUUCAGGUUGCUUAAGCAAUUGGAUUCAGGGGAGGGACACAAGGAUACAAAGGACAACUAGCAAAUAGUCGACUCAAGUCCACGCCCAGUCGUGGGCAAAUAAACUCACGACCAAUAGUGGGCAAACAAGCCCACGUCCACUUAACUUUUUGGGCUAGUCCCACAAAUGGGCUGUUAGUGAACUAUUGUUUGACUAUGCCCACAUGUCCAAUAUUGGGCAAUAAUUUGCCCACAUCUCUGACCAUGUAACUAAGGAAGCAAUUCUCACAGACUGUAUAGCGAUAAUGAUAUUUAAGACUAAAUAACUUAAUGUUAAGUUGUAAGGACUAAGUGUGCAUUAUUUUCUUACGUUGUGCGAAAACGGUGUGAUUUUUUUACAGUAAUUUAUUUAGGUGUUAGGAAAAACGUGUCCUAUUAUACCAUAAUUCUAACCUACAAAAUUUUUAAAAUGUCCACUUUGAAUGAAAAUUAUUUUUAAGUACUGUAAAUGAAUUCAGUUUUCA